AUGGCCUCAGGCUGUGAUGGACAGAGCCAGAAAACAGAGGCUCCUGUUCAGUGGAAUCCAUCGAGAGAAAGGGGGGUUAAAGACAAGUGUCUUAGCUCCAUGGACCUGAACAAAACCGCACACGUUGCCGUCAAGAAAAGCCUGGACCCAUCUCAGUGUGACACCGAGAGAACCCCGGUCAAUCGCAUCCCAAUUAUGGCCAAGCAGGUCCUGGAUCUGUACAUGUUGUACAAGCUGGUGACGGAGAAGGGAGGCCUGGUGGAGGUGAUCAACAAGAAGAUCUGGAGGGAAAUCACAAAGGGCCUCAACCUGCCGACCUCCAUCACCAGCGCUGCUUUCACCCUGCGCACACAGUACAUGAAGUACUUGUACCCGUUUGAGUGUGAGAGGAAGGGUCUCAGUUCUCCAGGUGAGCUUCAGGCUGCCAUCGACAGCAACAGACGUGAAGGCCGGCGUCCGAGUUACAGCAGCAGCCUCUUCCGCUUCUCCCCCUCCCCGAGCACCGCGCCACACAUCCUCUCUCCUCCCAAGAUGCACCUGGGCAGCCUCGCCGCGCUCAACGAUCUUAAAUGUACUCCCAGUUCACAAAUUAAAGCAUCCCUCCAUGACCACCUGCCCCCCUCCAUGCUGGCGGGCCGCCCCUCCAUGGCUCUGGCCCUCGGGCACCACCAGGUCUCCGGCCUGGCGAGAGCCGCCACUCUGGAGCAGCUGCGGGAGAAGCUGGAGCCGGGCGGGGGGGAGGGCCCGGAGAGGAAGAUGGCCCGGCGCAUGGCGGAGGAGCAGCAGCGCCUCAUGCAGCAAGCCUUCCAACACAACCUGCUGGCCAUGGCCUCUCAGAUGCCCCUCAACAUGCGCCUGGGAAACCCCAACAUCACAGCCAGAGAAGAGCAGCAGGACAUGUCUCUGAGCAUCUCGACCAAUGGGAACGCCAGCAUCACCGUCUCAGUGGAGGUCAAUGGCACAAUCUACUCAGGAACCCUGUUUGCCCAGAAGUCCGGUUUGACCCCGAUGUCAGCCCCCCCGGCCGGCCCCAGCAGCAGCUUCUCCAUCCCUCAGACCCUAAGCCCCGCCUCCUCUAAGGGUCCUAGCUCCGCCGAGGCCCCCCCAAACGGGUCGCCAUAACUCCCGCCUGCAAGAAAAUUCAGUCAAAUGAGAAAAACCUCUACGAAAAACAAACUGUUGCACAACAAAUACCUCAUCAACCUGUCCACCUCUUGGCUGUCCAAUCAGGAACACAGAAGCGAGAUUACGUUAUGACAGCUAACACACAGCUAUGCAUCUUACACACACACGCACUACACACACAACACACACACACACACACACACACGCUAAUCCUACAUGCUUAACACAAUCAGCUCAGCCAAAACCCACUGACAGGUGUCGUCACAACUGAACUUGAAAAGUUUUAUCUUAGGAACGAUUUUUGUUUUGUUGCCAUUUUGUCGUCUUUUUUUUGAUUUUGUGUUUUAGAAUGAUUUUGUUUUCUCUUUUAAAUACCUCAAAUCAAGUAACCUGCAGUGGUGUCUUUACCUCAGGAGCUGUAGUUAUUUAACCUGAAUCAACUUUAUUUUUAUAUUGUUUUUGAACCUGGUUGCAAUCAGGGGGAGUCGGGUAAACUCUCACUGUGACCUCCAAACAACUCGGGUGUGAACACACACUGUUGCUGUGGAUCAGCACAAUAGAACCUUCAUACCCUCAGACCACUCAGGACUCACGACUCACUCAGUGGAUCUUUGCAUCCACCCGAAUUCUCUAAACAUGUAGCGCACAAAUGUGGGGGAACAUCAACUCAAACACAGCAGAGCGAACGUCUCCACCUUUUCCUGCUUGUGUUGCAUAACAAAAUCAGGUGUGUUGCCCCCCCCCCCCCCCCCAUUGUACCCUUCCUCUUGACCACAAAAUGCUGAAUGUCAAUCCGACAAUAGUUCUCUUUACGGAGGGCGACUCUCUCAGGAAGCAGUUCAUUUAACAAAAGAAAAGGGAUUCAUACCUGGAGAAAUGCACAUGUUCAAGAAUACCUCAUCAGACUCUCUCAAAAGGAGAGCUACACUACAUACCUCAUAACGGCUGCGAGGCCAACAAGACUUGACGCCGCACGGAAAACCUCGGAAGUCUUCGGAAAUCCUCCCUGAAAUGACGACGCUGCUGCUGCUGGCUUUUUGGGGACAAACAGGCGGUGGGACGGUUCGCCGUCGCUCCUCCUGCGUUCACUUGUAAUAACUUGUUUUUAAAUGCUUGCUUUCCUUUUUUCUUUUUUUGGUUCCUCGAGUCUGAGAAGAGUGAUUUAUCUGCAUUUUAUUUUUCAGGGAAAGAGGAAAAAGAGUUCCUCGCCGACACGCUGUGUGUAGAUUUGUAAGGAUUGUCAACAAGGUCGCAGGGGUCAUGGAGAAAACAAAAAACAAUGGACCGUUUUAACCUUAGAAGUAACGUUAGAGGCGUCUCUUUUCAGCGCAGAAUUGAUGUGUACAAUCAUGUGACCAGUGUUUUUGAACAGCCUGAUCCUCUGGUUAUUGCACAGCUAGAAACCAAAGACUAGCCAAGGUCGCUCCUCUUCAUCAAUCCCUCCUAUCCUCCCCUCAGAAAAAAAGGCAGUUCAAAGUCUAAAAAAAAACAUUUAAUCUGAUUUUGAGUUCUGGAAAAAAGCGAGGAAGUAAAUUACGGCAUGAGUUGAUGAUAUAAAAUAUGAAUAAGAAAUUAGACUCAAAAUCUGAUUAUGUGUACAGAUAUUUAAGUUUAUAGUCCCUUUUAAAUUUAACCCUUUACAUUUAUUGGCUGUUUUUUAACCCAACACCAAGCCUGGACCCUUUAUUAAACCCCCCACUUCCCAAUAAUCCAGAAACAGAUGGAUUAUUUCCCUUUAAAGUCAAUUUCUUGCAUUUUUAAAACCCCCCAAAGGAUGACAAAUGAAUUUUCUAGCUUUAUCUGUGUUGAACGUGAGGCAUUUUACCCGUUUAGAAACCUCUAAGCCCGGAGUGAUCCGAGGGGGGCAGCCUUGUUG